CUUAUUCCACUACUCCAUGUUUAAAAUGAAUAUUUAUAUAGUUAACUUUUUUAUUUUAAUAAGUAUAAGUUUUUCCUUCACCAGUACGGUAAAACCAGGAAUAAUAAGUCAGGCUUUUCAGAUAGUUGGUAGAUGUAAUAAAGAGCAUCCUUUGGACAUGAAAGAAAUGGAAAAAGCUGUUAAAAGUUUUGAAUUGCCAACAAGUGAAGAAGGAAAGUGCUUUAUUUCUUGUUUCUUGGAAGGUUUUGGGUUGAUUACAGACAGACAAAUAAAUCUGGAUAAAAGUAUUGAAUUCAACAAAAUGCAAUUUCAUAAUCCUGAUAAUUUGGAAAAGGCUAAUGCUAUAUCAGCUGCUUGCAAAGAAGAAUUGACUACAUCUACUGAAGAAGGAUGUGACUUUGCUAUAGCUGCUUCCAAGUGCAUGCUGGAGAAGUCAAAGGAGAUGGGCUUCAAGUUUUUCCAGUUUCACUCCUAAGAAAUGUUUGUUUUGGUAGAGUGGAAAGAAAAUUUGUACUACUAGAAAUCAGAAUGUAAUCUACACAAAUGGUUUAUUUUCAAUGGCAUCAUAGUUAAAUAUUCUGAUACCAAGACAAAAUGAUUUAUUGAAUUUGAAAUUUAUAAAUAAAUAUUUC